CCGGUUUAGAGCUAUGCUGGCGCGGCGUCUCAGUGCAUUGUGCAUCCGCAGUGUGAGUGGGAAGCAAUUGGUGUAUGCUGAAUAUGGAGAUCCCACUAAGGUAGUCAAACUCCAAACAAUUGAUUUAAAUGAUACGCCUCCGAGUGGGCAAGUGCACGUAAAGUGGAUCGCGUCUCCUAUCAAUCCUGCGGAUCUGAAUACAUUGCAAGGCGUUUAUCCCAUCAAGCCACCACUUCCUGCUGUUGGGGGCAGUGAAGGUUUUGGACGCGUUGAAAAGCUCGGUGAUGGAGUGAAAACUUUGAAAGUUGGUGAUCAUGUCUUACCUUCAAGAUCAGGAUUAGGCAUAUGGAGAACUGACGGCUACCAUAAAGAAACGGAUCUUUUUCAAAUUGACAAAACACUUCCUCUAGAGGCUAGCGCCAGUCUUCAGGUAAAUCCUCCUACUGCAUACAGAAUGUUGAAAGAUUUCGUCGAUCUUAAAGAAGGCGAUACGAUCAUACAAAACGGCGCCAACUCAUCAGUUGGAAAGGCAGCAAUUCAGAUAUGUCGAAUACGAGGUAUACGCUCUAUAAACAUCGUGCGUAAAAGAGAUAAUAUGGCUGCUUUCAUCAGUUCACUGAAAGCGUUGGGAGCUAAUGAAGUUAUCACUGAAGACCAACUCGUCAAGGAGUAUCGUGGCAAAAUAAAAGAUGUGCGAUUGGCGCUCAACUGUGUCGGUGGAAGAUCAGCAUUACUAUUAGCUACUACACUUGGACACGGCGGAUGCAUGGUCACGUAUGGAGGAAUGAGCAAACAGCCAUUGCAGGUUCCCACAGGGCCUUUGAUCUUCAAAGAUAUCCGCUUGGUUGGAUUCUGGAUGUCACGGUGGUACGAAGACCAGAAAAAUCUGGAGGAACGGAAGCGGAUGAAUGCUGAUUUAACAUCCUGGAUCAAAUCUGGCGAAUUUCGUCCACCUACAUUCGAGAAACGAAAUUUGGAGCACUACAAGGAAGCACUUGAGGCAGCCGCAACCAGUUUUGUCAAAAAGCAGUUAUUUAUCCUUUGAAUUAGGUUUCUAUUUUAGAGAAAAAUAAAUAUUUAUCUGU